AUGACUAUAUCUCGAAGAACAUUGAAGAUAUGUUGUGCCGUAACAACUGUUCUUUUGAUAAUCAUCAUUGUCACUGCAGUCACGCUUUACUACACUCUUUUCAAGCCUAAACAACCAAUAAUCACCACUCAAGAGGUCACACUGAAUUCCUUCACGAUUAAUGUGUUUGAUGUUACUGAUACAAACAUUACAUUAGGGGUGACAGUCACAGUUAAGAAUCCCAAUUAUGGAGGAUUUAAGUAUGAGAAAAGUACUACUUACAUGAGUUACCGUGGGGAUGUAAUGGCUGAGGCACCACUCCUAGAGGACUCGAUCCCGGCCCGUGGACAGCGUAACAUAAGCACAACGGUUUUGGUGGUUGGUAAGAAAUUGAUUACGAAUUCCAAUUUUUCGAAGGAUAUGGAAAGUAAGGUUUUGAAUUUGACUUCAUCAACAACAUUGAAAGGCAAAGCAAUAGUUUUAAAAGUGUUCAAAAAGAAGGCUACAAGUUAUAGUACUUGUGACAUUUCAAUUAAUUUUGUUGAUAAUAAUGCAACUUCUAUUUGCAAAUCAAAAGUAAAGUUUUAG